CUUUCCGAACAACCCUAUAGUUUAUGUUACUCAGUGGAGGCAGUUUUUAACAUCAGAUACUAAAGGUUUGCUUACAUAUUUCUUCAAUGACUUCUAUUAAGCGAUAACGUUUGUCAUCAUCGAAUUGAGUGAAGAUCAAAAAUAUACACGCGGAAUGGUUUGUAACAGUUGGUUAUUGGGUGGCCAACAUAUUUUCUUUUAGAUUUUGGCCGCGUUUGAAAUGUUUAUAAUUAGAUACUCUCUCUGUUUCGUUUCGAACCGUUGUUGUCGUAGCACGUACCAAUGACUAGUUCAAAAACGACCUCUCGUGAGUACAUGAUACGUCCUCGCUGUUAAUGUGCGCGUAUGUAGUUCGUCUUUUUUUUUUUGAAUAAAGAGGAAAAAGUGAAUUCACGGAAAAUCGAGAAAUUCGUCGUGACCUGUGAUAGUUAUAUUGUUGUUAAAGAGCGCUUAUUACGUUCUUACACACAUAUUUUGAAACUCGUUAUUUUUCUAUUGGAGUACCAAGUAGAAAUGUUUUUGACUGUGAUUUUCGGAAUUUAGUGAUUGUGACUUUUGUUACGGUGUUUCGUUGACAUGUUUGUGAAAUACAACAUAUAGAGCAAAACACUUAAUGUGAAUAUUGAGAAAACCCAAAAUGAUUACCGUACCACCAGUAACCCGAAGGCCCCUCAUGUCUUCACAAAGUGAUGCAUCCCAUUUGAAAAGCAAAGUAACGGAGGUUUAUCAGCAAAUGAAGGAUAAUCAGAGCCUGUAUACGCCGACGCCUCCCAGAUCUUUAAGCAGUGGCUCCAGUUUGACUUCCUUGAGCCUGGAUAUCUCUCCAAGUUCUAGUAAUUUUUUCGAGGUUCUUUACAUUGGAAAAAUCAAAGUUUGGAAUCGGAAAGUCCCUGAUUCAUUCAUAGAUGAUGCUCUUCAGAAAUUUGAAGCUCACGAUCUAGAAAAGAAAGCCAAUGUCCGCGCUCCAAUUGAACGUCUCCAGAGUGAACAAGAUUUGUAUAGGAGGUUAGCAAAUGGCCCUCGAGCAGAAAGGCAAUCGUCUCCCGAGUCUCCACCUGUACCAUCUCUAACAAGAUCACUCUCAGUGGCGUCUAGUCUUAUUCCGAAACAAAUCGAAAACCAAUACCGUAAAGAGAUAUUGUCUACCAACGAGAGUGACAUAAGUGAUAAUUUCUCGAAAAUCUCGAUCCCUGAAGAUGGUUCCGAAGACACAAAGAGCUCUAAAAGCGAAUUAUCGGAGACCUCAUCGUUUACUGAAAGUAGCAAAGCGGGAGGAGAUACUACCAGUACAAGUGAUUAUAAAGAAGGAAGUGAUUCUUCGUCGGUCACCAGCAGGGAUGAAAAGAAAGAAAUGACCAGAACUGUUGUCGAUAUGGACGACCACAACAGAACGAUGGUUUUGCAAGUGGGGCGAAUAGACUUGAGACUUAUUAGCCCAGACAGAAAACUUAUCUUAUUGCACAAGCAGACUAGGGACAUUGCUACGUGUGUACAAGGACGUGAAAAUUCCUCCCAUUUCGGGUUCAUCUCCAGAGAAACACCCACAUCCAAUAUCUUCAUAGGAUACGUAUUUAAAUGUGAGUCUGCAUCAAUAGCCAGUGAAGCAGUUGGAGCAAUAACUCAGGCAUUUACUAAUGCUGAAUCAAAAUUUGCUCGACCUAUCAUUACCUCAUGUGAGCAGUGUCCAAUGGUCUGGUUUCAUAAAUUGUGCGUCGAAGUGGAGAAUUUAAGUGACAGAAAAACUCAAGCAGCGAUUUUGAGAAGAAUAGACCAAUUAGACGAAGAAGAACAGAGCAUGAUAUUAGCAAAAUUUAGAGGAGCUGAAACAGAUUCAGUUCGUGAACAGAAUGAGUUCCUCAUGAUGUUGCUGAGAGCACAUUGUGAAAUGAAGCAGGGUCGUCACGUCCACGAUACAGCUGAAAACAGGUCUGAAUUUUUGAAUCAGUAUCUGGGAGGCAGUACGAUCUUCAUGAAAGCCAAAAGGUCCUUGACAAAUUCGUUUGAUAACUUGUUAAAGAGGAGGUCGUCCAGGGAUGACGUGGGGGCAACAUUCAAUAGAGAUAUGACAUUGCCAAUCCAUUCAAGUUUAAAGGAAGGAAUGUCGCCUGCAUCCGCUAAUUUUCAAGAGACGUCCGAUCGUGAAUCUGAAGGCUCACACUCUCCUUCCACUCUAGGUUCUCAAAGCGAUCUUAGGGAUCCUAAAAAUGGAAACCCUGAGCCACAAACCCAAAGCAAUGUGUCACCUGAAAGAACAGGAACUGCAACAGACAAGGGACUCAAAUCUCCCAUGAUGGACAUAUUUAUGAAAGUUGGAAGUAGUCCUAAAUCCGUACCCUACGAUGAAGGAUCUCCAAAGUACGAUGCAGGCUCUUGGAGACAAGCUAUUUUUAAAAGGGUAAUAACUCCAAAUAAACAGCAAGCAAGAGAUAGUGGACAAAAGAGGAGUAAUGAAGAACUGAGGAUGCUUUGGAAGAAGGGCAUCCAACAAGCCAUCUUGUUAGUCCGGAUGGAAAAGGAAAAUGCGAGGAUAAAGGCUCAACAGGAAGAGAACGCAGUUAAACGCAUAAAACUGGAGUAUGAUGACAUGAAACUGAAUCAGAGAGAAGUUAUGGAAGUGUGGGAUCAAAUGAUCGACAAGGAUAUUCGGGUGACUAGGGAUAACAAUCUGCUGCUUCAUGCAGUAAGACAAGGUAUUCCAAGAGCGAAAAGAGGAGAAGUCUGGCAAUUUUUGGCAGAAGAAUCCUGCAAGCGCACAGCUCCCGUUGACACUAGCAAAUUCCCAAAUUACAACGUGCCUUAUGAAACAUUAUUAAAGCAACUCACCUCUCAUCAACACGCCAUACUUAUUGACUUAGGAAGGACUUUUCCUAAUCACUCUUACUACAGUAGUCCCCUUGGACAAGGCCAACUGGCACUAUUCAACUUGUUGAAAGCAUACUCGCUUCUAGACCCAGAAGUGGGAUAUUGUCAAGGACUCAGUUUUGUCGGAGGUGUUCUACUUCUUCAUAUGGAGGAAGCUCAAGCCUUCUCUUUGCUUCGACAUUUGAUGUUUCGAAGAAAUCUUCGCAAACAAUACUUGCCAGAUAUGGUGGCCUUGCAGAUCAAACUUUAUCAGAUUUCUAGGUUACUCCACGAUCAAAUUCCUGAGCUUUAUGAUCAUUUCGACCUGCAUGAGGUUGCCCCCACAUUGUAUGCAGCUCCUUGGCUACUCACCAUCUUCGCCUCUCAAUUUCCCUUAGGAUUUGUGACAAGAGUGUUUGACAUUCUGUUUUUGGAAAACACUGAUAUUAUCUUCAAAGUGGCGAUCGCUCUCCUCUCCCUUCAUAAGGAUAAUCUUCUCAAAUGUGAUAGUUUCGAAGAGAUUAUGGACUACCUCAAGAAUAAAGUUACCAAUAUGGACAAAUUUAUGUUGGAUAAGGUUAUCAAGAAGGUGGCUACGUUGGACAUAAAGAAACAGCUAAACGAAUACAAAGUGGAAUAUCAUGUCCUGCAGGAAGAAAUGGCCGCUGUUCAACCCCAACUUGAAGCAUUACAUAAAUUGCAAAAGGAAAACAAAAUUCUCACUGACCUUAAUAAGUCAUUGACGUCUCAAGUUGACCUUCACAUGUCCAACGUACACAGGCUCGAAAAGUCGCGAACUAUCCUUCAAUCGAAUUGCAAUAAAUUAGAAAUGACAAAUAGAGGCCUGGAAGUCACUGUGGUGACCUUGGUAUCGUUCGUUAACAGCCUGAUAGAGAACAAAGUGGACGUGGAAAUUCCUGACGAUGUCCGAAGGAUUUUGACACAAGUUUCUUUUAACGAGAAGAACAAAAAAGACCAAGCUCACAGAUCGAACGUGAUGAGGAUGUUUGGCAAAGAUAAUCAUCCAAAUGCGCAAAUGAUCAAGUCCUUGAGCACCGGUAAAAUGAACUUAAGUGAACUAACGCCGUUUCUUCCAGCCAAUGCCGAUUCUAUGUCACGUUCGAAUAGUCUCAACACGCAGUCGGCAGUUCCACUGAAGGUUUUGGCAAAAUCGGUUGGCAACUCCGAUCCCAGCAUUGACAAGCCCGCGCCUUUUCGCAGUACCAUCAGCAAUCCAAAUAUGGCCAACAAGAUGUCCAAUUUCUUCUCGUCGUCUCAUGCGCAAAUAUUACAGCAGAAACUUCACAGUCCAAAGGGCAGCAAUCCCAAAAUUGACAUUCGGAUAGAAGACUGUGUCGAUUACAAUUCCAGUACCAGCAAGACAACCUCCGAUUGUACCGAGAUGGCACGAAACGUUAAAAAUCUGGGCGAGAAGUCCGUCAGUUUGCCCCUUCAAGAGAAGAUUCUGGGGAAGGACAACAAAACGUCACCUACGUAUUCGGAGGACAGUGGAAUUGGUACACCAUCUUCACCUAAGGAUACGGAAAUCCAUCCAUUGAGCAACUGUGACGUUCCAUUUACAUACAGCGGAACCAGAACUCUUAAAAAAGUCUAAGCGUGAUCUGUUAGUGUUCUAAUCUUUAUUAGGUCAAUGCUAAGUCGUCGCCAUUGUGAUCCAUUUAGUUUAUUAGGUUCUGCUUAUUCUGAGAAUGAAUGAAAAAGUGAAUGUGUGCUAAGAAAGUUUUAUGAUUAUGACCAUUGUAUCCUACUUACUGGAGAUAUUAGUAAAUAUUAAAUAUAUUUUACCAGUUGAUAUUUAAAAUCAA